AUGGUGAGAGAAAAGAGAGUGGCACCUGAAAUGGAUUCCAAGAAGCUUCAAGCUAUGGCGCUGAUGAAGCUCUCAUGUUUACUCUUUUUCCUUUUUGCCUCGGCCAUGGCGGCCAACCAACCACCUCUCAAAGUAGGAUUCUAUCGCCGCAGUUGCCCCAAAGCCGAAGCCAUCGUCAAAAACGUUGUGUCCAAAGCUGUCUCUUCCAAUCCCGGCAUCGGUGCCGGCCUUAUCAGGAUCCACUUCCAUGAUUGUUUCGUCCAGGGUUGUGAUGCAUCAGUGCUAUUGGACGGAUCCGAUUCAGAAAAGGAAGCAUUGCCUAACAAGAACAGCUUACGAGGUUUGGAAGUGAUUGAUGCGGCAAAGUCUAAGCUAGAAGCCGCAUGCCCGGGGACCGUGUCGUGCGCCGACGUGGUCGCCUUUGCGGCUCGCGACAGCUCCCAAAAACUGGGGAACAUUUACUACGACGUUCCCGCCGGCCGCCGCGACGGGCGCGUCUCGAGCAAGGACGAGGCGGCCGCCAAUCUCCCCUCGCCGUUCGCGGCGGUCCAGGAGCUGUUCGUCAAGUUCGCCAACAAAGGAAUGUCGCUGGACGAGAUGGUGACGCUCUCCGGCGCCCACUCCAUCGGAAUCGCGCACUGCGCCGUUUUCGCCAACCGGAUUUAUCCCCAGAACAGCGGCGAACGCCUGCCGUUGGAUGGGAAACUCGCGGCGGUCUUGAAAUCGAUCUGUCCGCCGGAAGCGCUCACCGCCGGGACCGGAGUGGCCAACCAGACCAACCUCGACGUCUUGACGCCAAAUCGGCUUGACAACAGGUACUAUGCGGCACUGAAGGGGAAGAAGGGGGUGCUGAUAUCGGACCAGACGCUGACGGAGGACCCUAGGACGGCUAAAAUGGUGGAUUUCAAUGCUAGGAACGGCGGCGCGUGGGCUAAGAAGUAUGCGGCGGCGAUGGUGCACAUGGGUAACCUGGAUGUGCUCACAGGGGAAAGGGGAGAGAUCAGGAAGAACUGCCAUUUCGUGAACUGA